AAGACUGUGUCACCGGGUCAUGUUGCUAGGCUGCUAGCUGCUGCAGUGAGCAACAGGCACUGCUGCCUCUCUACCUGUUUAAAUCGUCUAUUUGUUCAAACACCAGGGUAUUUUCGGUUUGUACAUGGACGUCUUUAUUUAAUUUUCGUGACAACUGAACAGUGUUUGUUCCGGUGCAGAUAUUGCGUCGGAGGGCAACUCGACGACCUGCAUCUGGGCGCAAAGUCGCUGCUCGCUAGUGUAGCGUGUGUGCGUGUGUGCGCGUGCGUGUGUGUGUGUCACUGCGGUUAUGACCUUAUGUGGACGGUAACGGUGCCGUUAACUGUCAGUCAGACGUUAACUAAUGUAGCAUUGUUUCGUGAACUCCAGGAUCCAGACACCCGGAGGGGGAAUCUAAUCCCCGGAUCAGCUGUCAGGAUGAGACUGCACAGAGCCGCAGCAUGACACAGGAAAAUGUCGGCAACCUAUGAAAAUAACCAUGAACCUGACGGACACAAAGUUUUGAAUGUCUUCUCAUUUACUCCCCCACUCUCAUGAGGCCAACGGGAAGAUAUGGGUAUCCUCAGACUGGCAGCCAGAAUCAUGGGUAGGAUCAGUACAUUCCGGUCCUAUCAGUUCGUGCUUCUCUUGGCUGCCGCACUUGCCGUCGUAGCUUUUUACUACUUUGGCUCGGAGAAGCAGAACUUCUCCAGCACCACCAAGAGGAUCAAGCAGACCCAGGCCAGCCACAACACCAACAGAAACGAUGCCGACCUGACCGUGGACACCAGGCUCUCUCAAAUGGCUGGCUCCGAGGAACAAGGAGGGGAAGGCCGAGAUGCAGGAGGAGAGAGCGAGGCUUUCGGCUCAAAGAGAGGGGCCAGUGAAGCUACUGACCAACAAUACCACGCACUCAUGAUGUUCACCAAGGUGGACAAGAGCCGGAGCCUGCAGGACAAGUUCCGGGUGGCCAUGUUGUCCAUGGUGAAGCAUGGACGCUUUCUGGAGGGGGAGGUGUUGGUGCUCCAUUUUGUGAGCGACCAGGCCAGCCAAGAACUGGGGGAGCGGAUGCUACGCGGAUUUCUCCUUGAUGCAACAUUUAAGUACGAGGUGUUGUUUCAUGACGUGGUGGAGCUCACACAGAAGCUCUUCCCCAUCGUGGAGGCCAUGCAGAAGCACUUCAGUGCAGGCUCUGGAGCUUACUACAGUGAUGCCAUCUUCUUCCUGUCUGUAGCCAUGCAUCACAUCAUGCCUGAAAGUCUGAUGCGCAUAGUGCAGCUGGACCUGGAUCUGAAAUACCGGACUAACAUCAGAGACCUCUUCCAAGAAUUUGACCGGUUUCCUCCCGGAGCGGUAAUAGGCAUCACCAGAGAGAUGCAGCCGGUCUACAGACAUACUUUCUGGCAGUAUCGUAAGGAGAACGCUCAGACCAGAGUAGGCGAACCUCCUCCUGACGGCCUCCCGGGCUUCAACAGCGGAGUGAUGUUAUUGGACCUGGGAGCAAUGAGGGCCUCCGCUCUCUACAACCAACUCUUGGAGCCCAGUAACGUGGCCAAAUUGGCCGACCAGUACCGCUUCAGGGGCCACCUCGGCGACCAGGACUUCUUCACCAUGAUUGGCAUGGAGCAUCCGGAGCUGUUUUAUUCCCUGGCCUGUGGCUGGAACAGACAGCUGUGCACCUGGUGGAGGGACCACGGAUACGGAGACGUGUUUCAGCUGUAUUAUCGUUGUAAAGGACCUGUUUAUAUCUACCAUGGUAACUGUAACUCUCCUAUACCCGAUGACUGAGCAAUGUGCUGUGACACUGGAAUGAAGGAGCCAAUGACAUCUACAAUGAACUCUGAACGAAUAGUGUUUUUCCUGCACGUUUGGAGUAAAUAUUGUGACUUUUAUGGCAGUUUUCCUUUCUUGACCGUGCACAUGUGGUCACAGACUCUGCCUCCUGCUGGUCAAGGAGCUGGUAAAGGGCCCCCGCACACUUACUUCAAGCAAUCCACCUGUGUUAUUUUAGAACAAGGCUACAUCCACACUACUAUGUUUUAGUUUUUAAACACAUCGCUGCUGCUAUGUUUACACCACACUACUUUGGAGUUGUUGUGCGCCUAGAUCAGAGAAGUUUUGAAAUGCUGUUGGACCCGUUUAAGUUUGAAAACUUUGGCUGUGUUGUCGUAUGGACAGGGAAAAACUGAUGAAGCAAUCACCUGCAUUUGUGUCCUGAUUGGUUCUUAUCAGUGUGAACUCUGUGAUCAUUGGUCAAGGCAGAACGUUGUUAACACUUACUGUCAGUAACAGUUCCACCUUGCGUCUGUCCGAGAAAUUUCCCGUCUUUCAACAUCAUUGUUUCUCCUCAUAAGUAUUUUGCUUAACUGAACGGCCAACUGCUGAGAUUACUUCUGAUACAGAGCUGAAACUGUCUGGACGCUGAUCAUUGUAGUUUUAAAAAAGCUUUUCAAAAUGAAAAUGUAGUAGUAUGGAUGUAGCCUAAGAAACAGCUUUGAGUUAAAGCAAUGCAAAAGGCUGCAUUCAUUAUUUCUUAGGUACAAAUCUGAUGAAAUGUGAGCAUUGAAGUUAAGUUUGACUGAGUAACGGAUCCAUUGAUUGGAAUUCUUAUCAGACACCUUAACACUAAAGAUGGGUUUAACAUUAUCAGGAAGGAUUUUACUGUCCUUGAAAACUAUCACACUGGCAAUCAUUUCAUUUUUUGUUAACAGGAACGUAAAGCAUAUCCUUGACCGACCAAUGGUUCAUGUUGCUGGAUGAUGUUUUAUUUCAUUCAAGGUUUUUGCUCGAGCGAACCUCGUUGGCAGCACCGAUGUCUGUGUUGUCCUUGUUCAAAUGAAUGUGGGGGCUUAUGUCUGUUUGAACGUUUGAGGACGUUACCUUGGGCUCUAGAAAAUGUUUCAAUCUUUUCUGACAUACAGUAUUGUAGACCAGACUCAUCACUAAAUACAGAAAAUAAUCAGAGCACUAAUCGGUUAAUCAAUGAUGAGGUUAAUUGAUAGUUGUCGCCCUAACUGAUAACUAAUGUUGAAAUAUCUGUGUGAAAUAGAGUCAGCAAAUGUGUUCAUUUCCUAAAACUAAAGACCUGUAUUUUUUUUCCAUUUUCCUCGUAUGUGGCCAGAAUUCGGUGUCACCCAAUCUUCCUGCCAACACCACAUCAGGUGAGGGCUGAUCGGGUGCCGUUUACUUUCCAUCUCUGGGGUCGUGAAAGAAAGGGAGGGGUGUGUUUAACACCAGAUGACUCCAUAUUUUAGGAGUCAUGUGGGCGCAAGGCACAUCAAACUGCCACAGUUCCUUUCAAGCACAUCUUUCUGCGGGUUGAAAGAGAUAAUGGUCAACAAUGAUGUGACUGAUGGCUGUUGUUAGUGCUCUGCAUUUUGCACUUCAGCCGAGGCCAAACAAACCCAAUUUGGCCAAACACACGUUUCAGAGGGGAGCGUGUUUGCCCAACUGUGCUCACUGAAUAAACAGUCGUGUUCAAAGACGCGUCAUCGCUCAAUAUUCAGUCUGGAAAAUGUCUGAGGUGAAGCUGCUGAAUGUCCUGUGCCACGAGUGGAGUCGAAGAGGGCCUACGGAAGACACUCGAAAAUAUAAUUUUUUUCCAAAUCAGUUAGCUUCAUUUGAAUUCACCCUGAAGCUUAUCCGAUUUUUUUUCUCCCUCUUUCAGAAUGUUCUUCACCAUAGCUCUAAAACAAAUUGAUGGCGAAAGAGAAGCACAUGUUUAGACUAAAUACUGGAAACAAAUUUGAAUCCUCAAUUUUUUUGACUGCAUUUUACAACUUCAAAACACAUGCUUUAUCACCAAGGGUUUGGUUGACUAGACAACGGUUGCAUUUAUUUCACUGGCUUUAAUAUGAAAUGUGCUUUGUUUUACUUAUGAUUUUUGUACGUUUUAGCCCAUUACUAAAUUAAAUUACAUUUUGAUAUAUUCCCGACUCUAGGCCUCAAUUGGCCUCCAUUCGUUUCACUUAAUAUUCGCAAACGAGUGCAUUUGUCCCAUCUCUCUCUUUGGAUCCAACGAUUAGAAGGCUGCUUUCAGUGUUAACAAUAACUUCCUAAUUCUUUUCCCCUAACUCAAUGAUAUGAUAUAUUUUUAUGUUGUUUUAAGGAAAAUGAAGAGAAACAAAAAGUAAUUCUUUGUUUUUGUUCCAGUUAUUUAACGGUUCACCUUUGUAAAUAAUAUUUAUUUUUCCGUCUGUGUGGGAGAGAGAGUUGACAACAGUCAUCCUCGUGAAAAACAGGAUGCCUUAAGUCACUUAAGGGUUCGAACGAGAUGUGGCAACCUGUGGCUGUGUUCGUGUUUGUCUGCUACAAGCUAGACACGACCUGUUUCUGUCACUCAAACAGGGAGCAAAGGCUUCGUAGAUGGAAAAAAACCUGCAUCAAUCAGACACCGAAUGUGCUGACAUUAAAAGAACCAGAGUGAAGAUCAAAAUUAACCACUGCGAUAUGAAAUGACUUCACUGACUUUCACAAAGAGCGAGCAGGGCGUUUUUGCCUGUAGCUUCUUCAGGGUCGCUUAUUUCAAUGUGCUGUGAUUGGUUUUGAUCAACACUGGCUCUGCAUGGGUCGUUUCUCUACAGUAAAAUAACCCAAUUUACAUCCAACAGUAAAAUGUAUCUCUUAUCAAGAUUUGCUUUAUUAUAAUGAUUUUUAUUGUUUCCUCCUAUUGAAAUCAGAUUCAUCUUUUUAAAGAAUCCUUAGACUCUUGUUGGUUUACGUAUCUGUGUUACAUUUACAUUCUUUCGAAUGACCUUUUCUUGCACAUUCAACGUGGACGGUAGAUUUGAACAAAUGCUGGUUAGUACAUUAUUAACUUUUCAUGAACAUAUUUAUCUGAUUAUUAAUAAAACAUGAGAAAUUUGCUGAGU